ACAUAUUUACAAAUUUAAGUGUCAAGGAACUCGAUCGACGACGACCCAACAAAACCCUAGCCUCGACCUCGGCCUAAAAGGUACCUAGCAGGAAAAGUUGCUAUGUCAGCCUUCCGAGCUUUCUGGAACAGUCCUGUGGGGCCAAAAACAACUCAUUUUUGGGGACCUGUUGCUAACUGGGGCUUCGUCGUUGCUGGUUUGGUAGAUAUGAACAAACCCCCUGAGAUGAUAUCUGGCAACAUGACUGCAGCCAUGUGUGUUUAUUCAGGACUCUUUAUGCGGUUUGCAUGGAUGGUAAAGCCUCGAAACUACCUGCUUUUAGCAUGCCAUGCCUCCAAUGAAUCAGUUCAGCUCUAUCAGUUAUCUCGCUGGGCAAGGGCCCAAGGAUUCCUGGACAAGAAAGAGCCUGAGGUGCAGCAAUAGAUUCUGAAAGUGGGUUUUAUCUUUGGUUUAUUCAAUAAAGAGGUGAUGUUACUGACGCUUUAUUUUGUUUAGAUUGCAAUUUGAAUUGUUUAUACUAUUUUUAUCAAAGAUCUUGCGCUGGUUCUCCUCCUAAAUCUAUCUAAACUGUGUUGCGAAUUUGUUGCUUCGUGGAUUUGCGAUUAUCUGUUGGUAUCCAAGAAGGGAUUGAUUUUUAUUUUUAUUUUUUUU